UGGUGCGACAAGUAUGGUUUUCCUCUCCAUUGGCCUACUCUCCCACAACAUCUGAAGGGAUCUCCUUUACGGACUCGUGGGAAAUAAUGAUGAGAACCUGGAAAGGUCCUAAUCCGGUUGACAUCCUAACUAGAAUUGGCUUCAUGCUAUGGGCUGUUUGGAGAGGGAGGAAUGAGCUCAUAUUUUCAUGGACUCCUUUUAUUCCUGUUAAGAUUGCUAAGAUUGUUAAGUUUCAUGAAAUGUCAGAUUCAGCAGCUGUGGCUAUCUUGUGCAGGAAAGCUACUGGGUCCCUAGUGGAUGGUGCUGCGGUGAUUAUUCCAUGCUUAUCUAAGGAGGCUGCAGAAGCCAAAGCGAUCCUCUUAUGUCUCCAACUUGCCCAGAAUUUGAAGCUAGGAUCUUUUGAUGUAUUUUGUGAAAAACAAACUUCUUGUUAGUGCUGUUAAUAGCAACUCUCAAGUUCCUUGGGAAGCCCUGAGUGCUGUUCACCAAGCAAAGGAGAGACUCCAUUAUUUUACGUUUGUGAAUUUUGUUUCUGUUUGUAAAACUAGGAAUUCUGUUGCCAGAUGGGUGGCAAAGCGCUUAUCGAAGGGGAGUCUCUCUUGUGCUUGGUUAUCUAGUCCUGAAUUCUCAUCUAUUGUAGCCAACGAUUGUUUCUUUCUGUAAUGAAUGAUCUCUUUGCCCCCAAA